AGGUUUAUAACAAUUAUAAAAAGCUCCGUGAAUUUCAAUUGGGCUCUCUGGCUAUGGAGGAUACCGGCGAGGAGCCGCUACUCGGGCAGCAGCAGGGGCAACGCGCAAUUGGGCUUCUCAGGGCGUGGAGAACUCUCACCGCCUACAAGCGCGCAAUCUCCAUCGCGCUCGGCCCCCUGGCCGCGCUGCUCAUCCUCUUCUGCGUCAAGAUUCACGGCGAUCGCGGCGGCCCCGCGUCGCGAAUGCUGGCGAUCCUGGCCUGGAUCUGCAUCUGGUGGGUGAGCGAGGCCAUCCCGAUCGCGAUCACGUCGCUGGCGCCCCUCUGCCUCCUCCCGGCCAUGGAGCUCGCCAGCGCCGACGACGUCGCCAUGAGCUACAUGAACGACACCAUCACCAUCUUCAUCGGCUCCUUCGUCCUCGCGCUCGCGGUGGAGCGCUACCAGGUCCAUCGCCGCCUCGCGCUCCGGAUGCUCCUCUUCUUCGGCGGAUCCAAGAUGGAUCCCCGGCUGGUGCUGCUGGGAUUCUGCGCAGGCCCGGCAUUCGUCUCGAUGUGGAUCUCCAACACCGCCGCCGCGAUCAUGAUGGUCCCCAUGUCAAUCGGUGUUCUUCACAAGCUCGAGAGCGGCCAUAUCUCCUACAUCCAGUCCCACUCGCUGUGCCCGACCUGUGGAGCCGAGGACGUCCAGCGCCUCGAAUCGGUCCCUUCCAUUCCAUCCGGCAACCUUCCUCCUCUAUCGCCCGCCGGGGGGGCCGAGGACGACGAUCGCAAGAACAACCACUCCUCGAGGCUGUCCAAGCAAAACUCCUUCUUCUCCCGCGACUUCAACAUCCAUCUCUUGAUGAACAAGGAGGAGGUCGCAGCGGAGGUGGCGCACAUCGCCAACUUUGGCCGCGCGGUGGUGAUGGCGAUUAUGUUCUCGGUGACCAUCGGGGGCCUCGCGACGCUCACCGGGUCGAGCACCAAUAUGAUACUCUCGGGGAUGUGGAGCCGGGAGUUUCCAUCGGCCGCUCCCGUGACUUACUUGCAGUGGUUCUUGUUUGGCUUCCCCUUGGCGCUGUGCUUGCUGAUCUUUUGCUGGGGGAUGCUGUGCCUUCGCUACUGCCGGGCCGCAGCUGUUCCGGCCAUCUCUCACUCGCUCAACCGCGCUAGCAUCGAGGAGGAGUAUACUUCUCUCGGGCCUACAAGCUUUGCCGAGGCCUCGGUGCUAAGCCUCUUCGUCAUAUUGGCCGCAUUGUGGCUGACGCGGUCACUUGGAACUGUGGGAGGAUGGGGUCAGCUCUUCGAUGGCUACGUUGGCGAUGGCAGUGUCAGUAUUUUGGUGGCCACGCUUCUUUUCGUCAUCCCGAACAAGCUCGCUCCUGGAGAAAUGCUCAUGGAUUGGUCUAGCUGCAAGAAACUUCCGUGGGAUAUUGUCUUGCUCCUGGGUGGCGGCUUUGCUCUCGCGGAGGGGAUCGAGACGAGUGGAUUGUCCGCAUGGAUGACUCAAAACAUGGGCUUCCUCAACUCGGCUCCAUACUUGCUCGUCGCCCCGGCGGCCGGGCUGCUCGUGAGCAUCACCACCGAGUUUACGUCCAACAACGCCACCGCCACCAUCUUUCUCCCGCUGCUCGCCGACAUCGCGCUCUCCAUUGGAAUCCACCCCCUCUACAUGAUGCUCACGGGCACCAUCACGGCAUCCUUCGCGUUCAUGCUCCCGAUCGCCACUCCUCCAAAUGCCAUCGCCUUCUCCACAGGCUACUUGAGAAUCGUUGAUACUUUAACCAUGGGACUGGUGCUCAAGCUCUUUGGCCUCGUCGCUAUCUCGAUUCUCAUGCCAACUCUCGGAGCUCUCGUUUUUGGACUCAAUCAGCCACUUUCAAAGUGAGAGACUUUAUACGAAUCAAAGUAUAUGGCAUCACAUAUGCUGUACGACAUGUUAGGUGGCAGCCCCUGCCACCGGCUGCUCCCGGUCGCUUGCGCUUUUCGCCGGUGACCUGGACAUUACGUAAUAGAAUUGCCUUCCGUUA